CCGAAUCCGGCUAGCACCCCCGUAGGUAGCGGACAGCCGUGCGCAAUGUGUCCUAAACCCCACAGUAGCUGUGUCGAGCUCACCCUCACAUAUAUCCCCAGCAAUAUGGCGCGAAACUCUAGACGAAGCAAUGGGGUCGUGAAAGGCUUCAUCAUCGCUUUUCUUGCCCAUACAUCCCUCGCGCAGGUCGCUGAGAUUGAGAAGGCCACCAACGCCAGCUUGUUAUGGGGCCCUUACCGCCCAAACCUCUACUUUGGUGUUCGUCCCAGGAUUCCAAAAAGUUUGAUGGGCGGACUGCUUUGGACCAAAGUAGAGGAUCACAGUGUGCAGAACACGUUUCGGCACACCUGCGAGCAGCAUGAACUCGACGGGUAUGGCUGGGAUGAAUACGACGUGCGAAGCGGCGGCCGACAGACAAUCCAUGAUCCUGCUAAUCACAUCGAUAUCACAACUGAGUUCAUCAAGUUCCCUGGCGGCGAACAUGGUGGCAGCUGGGGCGCCAGGAUCAAAGGCACCCCACGGGAAGAUGCUUCGCCCGAUCUAAAAACUACCGUCAUCUGGUAUCACACUUUGGAAGGUCUGGGCCAGAUAGAAGCUCAAGGAUCUGAGGAGGAGACGGGUGCGGAAGGAGACGUGGUCUUGAAAGGACAGACUCUCGAAUUGGGCAAUUUCGACAUCAAGAUUACCGAAGGAAAGGGUGAUCAUCCUCAGACUGGACACCCUAGCUACAGCGACAAACCCCUCGAUCGUACCCUUGUGAACAGUGCACAAGUUCCAGACGAAGCUCUGUGGCAGACCAAGCCCGUGCUUUUUGCGCAGCUGAAGAGCGAAAUCGAGGAAUUGCUCAAGAUAUAUGGCGAAGAGAAUCCGCCACCACCUGCGCAGAUUUAUACCAUCAAACACAAGCCUGGACGCGGCAACAUACAUUUCAUUCAGAAGGUGUUUGAGGGCGCAUUUGAAUUUGACAUCCUUUUCUCAUCUGCCUCAGCUCCCCAACCCAUCACUUCGGAGGACCUUACUCAGCAGAUCAAGUCCGUUACCACUGGAUUCUCGUCCCGGUUCACCGAAAUCUUCAAGCCGCAGCCUCCGUUUGUCAAGGAGCGGUAUGAAGAGUUUUCUAAAUCUCUCUUCUCCAACCUUAUCGGCGGCAUUGGCUACUUCUACGGCGACUCCAGAGUCGACCGUUCUUACGACCCCGCCUACGAGGAAGAUAAUGAGGGUUUCUGGGAGGAUGCAGAAGAGGCACGGGGCCGGAAUCAAGCAGAGUUCGUGGGACCCUCUGAGCUAUAUACCAGCAUACCCUCACGGCCGUUCUUUCCGCGAGGCUUUCUUUGGGACGAAGGGUUCCACCUUCUCCCUGUGAUCGACUGGGACGCCGACUUGACUCUCGAUAUCAUCAAGAGCUGGUUCAACUUGAUGGAUGAAGACGGCUGGAUUGGCCGCGAGCAGAUCUUGGGGGCUGAAGCCCGCAGCAAGGUUCCGGAUGAGUUCCAAGUUCAGUACCCACACUACGCAAACCCACCGACACUUUUCAUGGUCAUCACAUCCUUCCUCGAUAAGCUUGACGCUACCAAGAAAGAUACCAGCAACUCAGAGGUCCUGGCUGAAAAGUCAUACUUCAUGCAGCUUGCAAAUCGAGAGGCAGCGUUGCAGUAUUUGAGGACUUUGUAUCCGUUGCUCAAGCGUCAUUACUUCUGGUUCAGGAAGACGCAAGCUGGUGACAUUAAGAGCUAUGAUCGCGAGGCCUUCUCCACUAAAGAGGGGUAUCGCUGGAGAGGACGCACUCCGCGACACAUCUUGACCUCCGGGCUGGAUGAUUAUCCACGUGCACAGCCGCCGCACCCAGGCGAGUUACAUCUGGACCUCAUCAGCUGGGUUGGCUUGAUGACGCGAUCGAUUCGUCGCAUCGCAAUCUAUCUUGAAGAAGUAGAUGAUGCAGCCGAAUUUGCAAAAUACGAAGAAGCCAUCGUAAAGAACCUUGAUGAUCUGCACUGGAGCGAGAAGGACGACGCGUAUUGCGAUGCAACCAUCGAUGACUAUGAAGAGAACAAACUCGUUUGCCAUAAAGGAUACAUUUCUCUGUUCCCUUUCUUGACUGGCCUAGUCGACAAAGACAGCAAGAAACUCGGUGCCAUCCUUGACCUCAUUGCUGACGAAGAACAACUUUGGACCGAGUAUGGUCUUAGGAGUUUGAGUAAGAGCAGCGAAUUCUACCAUACCGAAGAGGACUACUGGCGCGGCCCUAUCUGGAUGAACAUGAACUAUCUCGCUGUCAAACAGCUUCUUAAUAUUGCCCAACAGAAAGGUCCGCAGCAAGACAAAGCCAAAUCUCUCUACGUUGGUCUGCGCAAGAAUCUGGUAAAUACUGUAUAUAAUUCGUGGAAAGAGACAGGCUUCGCUUGGGAACAAUACAACCCCGAGACCGGAAAAGGGCAGCGAACCCAGCAUUUCACAGGAUGGACGAGUCUGGUGGUCAAGAUUAUGAGCAUGCCCGAUCUAGAGGGUGGGCAUGUUCGCGAUGAAUUGUAA